AUGUCGCCUGAAUAUGCGAUGGGAGGUGCUUUUUCUGUAAAAUCAGACACAUAUAGCUUCGGUGUUCUUCUUUUAGAGAUUGUCAGUGGCUUGAAGAUCAAUUCACCUCAGCUCAUAACAAAAUUUUCUAGCCUUAUCACUUAUGCAUGGAGAUUGUGGGAAGAUGGAAACACAAUUGAACUUGUGGACUCUUCCUUUGUUGCAAGUUUCCGACUUCAUGAAGUUCUGCGUUGUAUUCAUGUGGGACUCUUGUGUGUUCAGGACCGUGCUAGGGAUAGGCCACUUAUGUCAUUGGUUAUGUUUAUGUUCGAGAACGAAAGCGCACCGCUUCCAGCUCCAAAGCAACCUGUGUAUUUUGCUCUAGGUACUUGUGCUGACCAAGAAGGAAGGGAGAUUACAUCGAACUCUGUGAAUGCAGUGAGUAUCACAACAGUUGAUGGCCGUUAG